GGGAGCGGGGGUGGGGUCGGUUUGAACCGUUGGCCGCUCGGCCGGGCCGGCUCCACGCGGGCCUUUCCCCGCCGAGGGGGAGCGGGAGCCGCCGGCCCGGCCCGGCCAGCGCGAGGCCCCCUCAGAGCGCGGCCUGAGCCGCGGCCUGCGAGGUUGUGCUGUGGUAUCUAUCAAAAUGAAUGGUGAAGAGGAAACAUGGAAAGAGCUGGAUGCCGAAUUUGAUCGCUGCGUUGUGGAUGUGAAGCCCCACGUCCUAAAGCUGCAGCAUAGGUCAGAACGCCAAAGGUGUGCACUGUGGGUUAAAAAACUGUGUGAGCCCUCAGGAGCGGGUACAGGGAUAGCGGGAAGGAGGAAUCGGAACUCAUAUGCAAAGCUUUUGCUCCACAUGCUGAAACGAGGAGUGCUCGAAGAUCCUUUUACACAUGAACCAGAACCAGGAAUGCUGAAAACAUUACCUUCAUACAUGUUAAUUUAUUUUGAUGAACCAAAUUCAACAAGAAUUCAAAGUAGUAGCCCAGACUACUUACCUGACUGGGUGAUGGGAGAGUUAGGAAAAGGUGAAUCCAGGCACGAGGAAUUGUGGACUUUAUCUUCUAAAGAAGAAUCACCUUCAGCAACAGCACUUACAUAUGAAGAGAGACUGAAGUAUGAUGGGAAGCCAACAUUGAGAUCCCAGUCUACGAGUCCUCUUCUCCGGACUGAUGAAGAUGACCUAGCAGCACCUCUGCCUGACCAUCAUCAUAAGAAAACUAUUUCUUUGGAUGACAGUGACCUUGAUGCGCGUCUCAGUAGUUGGAACCUUGGGCUUGAAAAUCCAAGAUAUCUGCGGGAAAAACCAAUGCCAGUGUCUUUGAAGACACCCAAAAUUGGCCUAGGAAAAGGUAGCAGUUUCCAGGAGGACCCAGCCCUUUUUCGAAUGCACGAAAAGGAGCUAGACAUGAAAAUGAAAAUGAUGGAAGGUAAAUUUCAUGAAGAAAGACUUCAACUACAGCAGAAGCAUGAUUCUAAUGUUCAAAAGAUUUUGGAUCGGAAGAAUGACGAAAUAGAGCUGUUGAAAUCCCUCCACAAAUCCAAACAGAAUGAAGCUGAGGAGACAAUUAGAAAACUGGAGAAGAAAGUUCAGACCCUACUCCGUGAGUCACAAGUCAUCAGAGAAGCAAAGGAAAAGCAGAUUGUAGAAUUAAAGAAGAUGUGUGAGAAAAGCACUGAGUCUUUGAACAAUGAGUGGGAGAAAAAGCUUCACAAUGCUGUGGCUGAAAUGGAAAAGGAGAAGUUCAGUAUUCGGAAGAAGAACACGGAAGACAUGCGGGAGCUGCUUGAGGACACCAAUGCUCGUCUUAGAGAAAUGGAGGAAGAUUACAUGGAACAAAUAAAGUCAACUAACCAGACGAUCAAAAAUCUGGAGGCUCGAGUGCAACAGUUGAUGGUUGAGGCUGAAAACAGUAAUUUACAGCGUCAGAAGUUAUCACAGGAAAAGACUGAAGCAGAACAAUGUUACCAGGCAGCGUGCUCUGAACUUCAGGAAAUGAAAGCAAGGCACAAGUUGUUUCUGGAAGGCAAAGACCGUAUUGUACAGGAAUAUGAGGAGAGCAUUCAGCAACUACAGAGUAAAUAUGAUGUUGAUAUAAAUGUUAUGAAGCAGGAGCAUGCUCUCUCCGCAGCUAAGGCAUCUGAUGUGAUUGAAGAGUUACAGCAUAGUGUGUGUCUAUUAAAACAACAGUUACAAGCUUCAGAACAUCAAAGAGAGCAACAACUGAGGGAUCAAGACUAUAAACUUCAACAAGACAAGCUUCACCUAGAGAGUGUAUAUGAAAAACAGAUUCUUGGCAUCCAGAAUGAUCUUGAUAAAGAAAGAGGGGAUGCCCAGAAGAAAAUUCACAAACUGGAGGAGGCUUUGAAGGAGAAGGAGGAGCAGCUGACUCGGGUGACAGAGGUACAGAGGCUGCAGGCCCAGCAGGCAGAUGCUGCCCUGGAGGAGUUUAAGCGGCAGGUGGAGCUGAACUCAGAAAAAGUCUAUGCUGAAAUGAAACAGCAGAUGGAAAAGGUUGAAGCAGAUCUAAGCAGAUCAAAAGUGCUCCGGGAAAAGCAAUCCAAAGAAUUCUCCUGGCAACUGGAAGAGCUCAAGCAAAGAUACGAGCAGCAGAUAGUGGAGCUGAAGCUGGAGCAUGAACAGGAGAAGACGCACCUAUUCCAGCAGCACAACGCAGAGAAGGACUGCCUGGUCCGAGACCACGAACGGGAAAUCGAGAAGCUGGAGAAGCAGAGUCGCGCUGCCAUGGCAGAGCACGAGAGCAGAACUCAGGAGUGCAGGAAGCGAGACGGGCAGGUUAUCUGUGAUCUGGAGAGCCAAAUCCACAAGCUGAACGAAGAGCUCGUUCAGGUGAAGGCUCAGCAGAAGCAGCAGCUGAUGGAGCUAAGCCUUCAGAGGGAGGAAGAAAGGCAGAGGGCAGCGCGAGAUCACAAGGCAGCGGUCAGUCAGCUGAAAGCAGAGACCGAAAGGAUGGUGCUGGACAUGAAAAAGGUGCACGCUGCAGAGACAGAGAAGACCUUGGACAAGGCCAACUGCCGGCUGAAGCAGAUGGAGAAGGAGUACAGCCAGAAGCUGGCCAAGUCCUCGCAGAUCAUAGCUGAACUUAAGACAACCAUUUCCUCUCUGACAGAAGAGAACAGCCGGCAGCAGCUCGCUGCAGAACAGCGGCUCCAGGAAGUUGUACAACAGUUUGAAGAUAAGAAGCAGCAGCUGAUUACAGAUAAUAACAGAGCAAUCAAGACCCUACAAGAUGAAGUGGAGCGUUCCCGCAGCCAGGCGAGGGCUGCAGAGAAGAAGCUGCAGCGCAGGGAGCUGGAGACCCACGAGCAGGUGACCCAUAUACGACAAGAAUACGAAACUAAACUCAAAAGUCUAAUGCCAGCAUCUUUGAGGCAGGAACUUGAAGACACCAUUGUAUCUUUAAAAUCUCAGGUAAAUAUUCUGCAGAAAAGAGCCUCUGUCCAGCAGGAAGAGCUUAAUGCCUACCCCACCAGGAGGUAGCUGCUGGAGCUGUUGGAUUUCUUUGAUCGCCAAAUGGACUGCUUUCAAUAGGUUUGAAGAUUUGGCUCUUGUAAAUUAAAAUGCAAAGAUCAGUGGCUGUUUUAUUAGCACACAAAAUGCAAUGAAAUUCAUGAAAACAUAUCCACUGCUCGUGCCAGAUUUUUUUUUUUAAUUGUACCUUCCUUCCAUGAUUUUUUAUCAUCAUCUCAUCACAGACUUACACUUCCAAUGUACUGUGUUGACUCUGCUCACUUUCCAAGAGGAAGUUUCCUCUACUAACAUUGUGUUGCUACUUCCUCGUACCAUUCUCUUCACUCUUACACAUGAAGAAAAUCCCAUUUUCUAUUAUUAACGUCCAAGAUAUUUUAACAUAUUUUGACAUUGUUUUGCAUCCAUGUGUUUACAUAAGAUUAAAAUAUUAUUUUGCACUA